AAAAAUCACGUGACAGGGAAUUCCCCCGUUCAACGCGGAAGUGUUUCCCUAAGAUUCGGAGAUCAUCCAACAAUUUACCCAGCUGCAUUCAGGAAAUUACGCUUACAACGCCACUCGAGGAGCCGACAUGUUGAAAAUACGUAACCAUGGUGAUCGGAACUGGAGCGGUGUAUGGUUAUCAGCAUUUCUCGUAGCAUGCUCCAUUGCUACCGCUACGAGCGGCAAGACGUUUGUCUGCUACUACCAGCCGAGUGCACGUGUACCGAUCUCCAAGAUUCCCGCAAACCUCUGCACGCAUGUUGUGUACGCAUUCGCUGAAGCCUCGAAGAAUGGCAUUACUCCAGCACGCAGUUCCGACCUCGCAAGGUACGCCGAGAUGGUUGCUCUGAAGCGUCUCAACCCAAGCCUGAAGGUGCUUGUAUCUCUCCAAAAUGGAUUCCCUGCCAUAGUGGACGGAGGAGUCACUGCCAUGCAAACAUUCGCAAAAGGAGCCGUCUCAUUUCUACGGAAAUUGCAACUUGACGGCGUUGAUUUUGACUGGGAAUUCCCGAGCAGAACACAAAAGGAUGGCUAUAUGAAACUUAUAUCGAUCUUCAGAAAGACUGCCAAUGUUGAGACGGCACUGAACGGGACAUCACCAUUGCUGUUAACCAUGGCCCUGACAAACAAUAACUACAUUGCCGGUUGGGCUUACGAUAUGUCCGUCCUCACUCAAAAUAUCGACUUCGCUACUGUGAUGACGUAUGACUUCCACGUCUACAACGCCAAGAGAGACAACGUCACCGGUUACAACAGUCCGCUUGUGGCCCCCAAGGGAGAGAGCACCUACCUGUCGACUACCGGCAUGCUGAACUUCUAUUUGAAGGCAGGUCUGCAAAGGUCCAAGAUCUUGAUGGGUGUGCCGACAUAUGGGCGAUCCUACACCCUGGCCGACGCUUCCAAGCACGGACUGCACGCACCUGCUUCCGCACGGGGUGCCCCCGGACCAGCAAUACACGUGCACGGUGUCUACAUAUAUCAGGGCAUCUGCAUGGCGCUGAAAUCUGGGGCUACCAGGAUUUGGGAUGCUGCCUCCGGUGUUCCAUACUUGUACCACAACACGGCAUGGGUGUCAUACGACGACGAGCAGAGCAUUAUGGGAAAGUGCAAAUGGGCUGUGUCGUCGAACCUGGGUGGUGUCGGGGUGUGGUCCCUCACCCUAGACGACAUCUCGGGCACCUGUCCUGGGGGUCCCUUCCCGCUCCUGCGCACCAUCAAAUCCUGCCUGGGUUAACUCUUCCAGAACAUAUCGGUUCUGUGGUGUUCAAGAGUAAUUAACCGAAAAACACUUAUAAUACACACUAUAAUAUAUAAUAUAAAUAUUUAAACAUUCCAACAUGUUGUACUGAAAUUCAGCCUGUUUAUACUCGUGUUCAGGGUUACCGUAGCAUUUGUUUAGUGAAUGUUGGUUUUCACCGGAUUCUUCAAGGUUGGAAAAGCAAAGAAAAAACACAAUACUCUUGCAUAGGUUCCUUUUAAAAUGUUUGUACUAUUCUUGUGGCUUAUUGUCAUUUCCUAUCACCAAAGAUCUGAUGCAUUAUAUUUUUACACACCCUAGCAUUUUACUUAUUUGUUCUACGUUUGUUUGGCGCUCUAUGAAUUAAAUGUCAUCCUGAAUAA